GUAAUAGCAUCUACAUCUUAGGGUUGUAAGAAUGAUAGGAGUCAAUAUCUACAUACUUCAUACAAUAUACUACAUACAACAUCUACAUUUACUUACCAUAUGAUUAUAUGCAAAUCUUUCAGUAUAUAUGUAUUGGCUAACUAUCAUUUUCCUGUUCCCCAGGAUCAUAGCCGUCCAUUCCCUUUUCAUAAUUCGUGCUGCCCCUAAAUUUCUGGCUCCAUCACUAAACAGUCACAAUCUAGUCAAUCUCCCCCUGCCAUUCUUAGUCUCAAGUUUUUUCUCAGGUGCUAGGUAUCCCAGCUUUUGUCCAAGGACUUAAUGCAUAUGCACCAGCUGUCUUCUGAAGAGGGAAAGUACGGAAUGUAAAGGUUUUUAGGAUAGGAGGUACAAAGGACAGCAAAGUGAGAAGACAGCUUGGAAAGAAAUGAGAGUCAAAAGUGGUGGGAGGGACAGGUAAAGGAGAAGGAUCAUGAAGUAAAGAUGAAACGAGAUAUGGGAAUGUAAUUGUAGUUCAGGAGAGUGUGUGUGUGUUUGUGUUUGGGGGGGUAGUCAGCCAAAUGGAGAAAAUCUUGAACAGGUAAAGAAUGGUGAUAGAGAAGAAAGGUGAAAGAGAGGCAGAUUUGGAGUAAGGGAGCUAAGUGUGAAGAAGUUAGGGUGGAAAAGAGAGAAGGAGAAAAGGAUAAAAGUGGAAUGUGGUGAGAACCUUCACUUGGAAGGAAAGAAAUUAUAGCAUAAUAAAAAAAGAUGCCAAUGAGAGAAAGGAGUAGGGGAGGGAACUAAGAAACUGGGAUUGAGAAAAGGGGAUUAAUGUUUGUUUAAUUGAAUUGAAUGACUGUGGGAAGAGGAAGAGUAAAUGAUAGCGUGACAAAAUAAAUAAUGGGGGAUAGAUUUGGAGUCGGGAAACAAUGAGAGGAGGAAGACUCAUGGAAGACCUUACUAUGAGGUAAAAAAAAAAAUAAGGGAUUUUUCAUAGGAAGAGGGGGAGAGGAGAAAAGAGACAAGGGAGGGGCCAGUUGACCGAGGGGAUGAGGAGAAAAGAGGGAGGAAAGACCUGCCCUAUCUCCUCUCCCCUCCCUGACCUAAUGUAAUUCAUUCUCUUCUCCUCCCCCUGCUUGCUGCCAGGCUCCCUCCUCCUUUCUAUUGCUGCUGAGACGGACGGAUGCAGUUUAGGGAGUCUCUGCUCUAAGGGAAGAGUGACGUGUCUAGAGAGAAACCCCAAAUUCUUGCUGCUCUUCCCUCAGCCUUCUUCAGGACGGAAAGCAAGGCAGGUGCAAAGGCUCAAGAAACCAGCCUCAGGCCACCCUCCCAGCUCCCCCAGGCCCCUGAAUGCUAUCCACCAGAGACCCCUUAGUCCCCAGCCUUAUCCUCUUGGUGCUGCUAGGGAUAGCAGGGGCUGGGCCCUUCCUUCCACGUUCUAAUGGGACAGCCUCAGCUUCACGAUUCCCUCCUCAUCCAGGCGGGCGGAUAACAGGUCCUGGAGGUGGAGGAUCAACCCCUAAGCUCUAUGAACAUACAGUGGAAGGAGGUGAAAAGCAGGUGGUAUUCACACACAGAAUCAACCUGCCUUCUUCUGCCAACUGUGGAUGUCCUCCAGGUGCUGAACCUCCUGCCCCCGCCUCUGAGGUGCAGGCCUUAAGAGUGAAGCUUGAAGCCCUGGAAGAGCUAGUGAAGGGUCUUAAGGAACAAUGCCAUGGGGGGUGCUGUUCUGCUGCUGCCCAAGCUGGAACAGGGCAGACAGAUGUGCGGAGCCUGUGUAGCCACCAUGGUGUGUUUGACUUGGACCGCUGUGCCUGUUCUUGUGAGCCGGGCUGGGCUGGUCCCACGUGCUUAGAUCCCACAGGUAGUAUAGUCACCUCAUCUUGUCCCGAGGAUUGCAACGACCAGGGUCGCUGUGUGCAGGGCCGUUGUGUCUGCUUCUCAGGCUAUACUGGACCCUCUUGCAGUCGGCCUGCCUGCCCGGGAGACUGCCGGGGCCGGGGCCGGUGUGUCCAGGGUGUCUGUGUGUGCAGGACUGGUUUCACUGGGGAAGACUGUGGAACCAGAGCCUGUCCCAAGGCUUGUAGCCAAAGGGGCCAAUGUAAAGAUGGGAAGUGUGUGUGUGACCCAGGCUACGAUGGAGAGGACUGUGGGCUGCGGAGCUGCCCCCGGGACUGCAACCAGAAAGGCAGAUGUGAAGAUGGGAAGUGUGUGUGUGACCCAGGCUACGAUGGAGAGGACUGUGGGCUGAGGAGCUGCCCCCGGGACUGUGGGGAUGGUGGGCGCUGUGUGGAUGGGCACUGUGUGUGCUGGCCGGGGUACUCUGGGGAGGACUGCAGUACCCGGACUUGCCCUCGUGACUGCCAUGGCCGGGGUCACUGUGAGGAUGGGGAAUGCAUCUGUGAACGCGGAUACAGUGGAGAUGAUUGUGGGGUACGGAGCUGUCCUCAGAACUGCAACCAACGGGGAUACUGCGAGGACGGUCGCUGCGUGUGCUGGCCGGGCUACACCGGCGAGGACUGUGGGAGCCGAGCCUGCCCCCGGAAUUGCCGCGGUCGAGGUCGUUGUGAGAAUGGAGCGUGCGUCUGCAAUGCUGGCUACAGCGGGAUCGACUGUGGGGUUCGGACCUGCCCCGGGGACUGCCUCGGUCGGGGCCGGUGUGAGAACGGCCGUUGCGUGUGCUGGCCCGGCUACACAGGCAGAGACUGCGGAGCGCAGACCUGUCCCGGGGAUUGUCGCGGCAGGGGCAGGUGCCAGGACGGGCGCUGCGUCUGUGAGCCCGGCUACACAGGGGACGACUGCGGGAGCCGUCGGUGCCCGGGUGACUGCAGAGGCCGCGGGCGGUGUGAGGAUGGGGUGUGUGUGUGCGACAGGGAUUAUACUGGAGAAGACUGUGGGCAAAGGAGUUGCCCUGGGGACUGCCGAGGCCGGGGGAGAUGCCAGGAUGGGUUCUGUGUCUGCGAUACCGGCUACACAGGAGAGGACUGUGGGACGAGAAGCUGUCCCCGAGAUUGCAGCCACCAAGGGAUCUGCCACGACGGGGUGUGCGCCUGUUGGGAGGGCUACACAGGAGAAGACUGCAGCCUUCGGACCUGCCCGGGGAAUUGCAACCAUCGGGGUCGGUGCGAAAACGGCCACUGCGUAUGUGAGGUUGGCUAUACGGGCCCUGCCUGUGGUACUCAAACCUGCCCUGGGGACUGUCAGGGCAGAGGCCGAUGUGUCCAGGGAGUAUGUGUGUGUCAGGAAGGCUACCGCGGCGAAGACUGUGGACAGAGGGAGCUGCUGGCCGAAAGCUGUUCCGGGGGCUGUGGACCACGGGAACUCUGCCGAGCUGGCCAGUGUGUCUGCAUUGAGGGCUUUGAAGGCCCGGACUGUGCCACGAGGACUUGUCCUGGGGACUGCCGGGGUCAUGGGUUAUGUCGAGAAGGGAGCUGUGUAUGUCACGACGGCUAUGGCGGAGAAGACUGUGGGGAAGAGAUACCUCCAAUAGCAGGAAUGAGGAUGCAUUUGUUGGAAGAAACAACAGUUCGGACUGAGUGGACGAGAGCCUCAGGACCUGUGGAUGCCUAUGAAAUCCGAUUCACUCCUACAACAGAGGGAAUAGGUCGCCCAUUCUCUGCUCGGGUCCCCAGCUCGGCUUUAGCCUAUGACCAGAGGGGGCUGUCCCCAGGCCAGGAGUACCAAGUCACCGUCCGUGCCCUACGAGGUUCUAACUGGGGACCUCCUACCUCCCAGACCAUCACUACCAUGAUCGAUGGUCCCCAGGAUCUUCGGGUCACAGCUGUGACUCCCACUACUAUGGAGCUAAGCUGGCUACGUCCUCAGGCUGAAGUGGACCGAUUUGUGGUGUCAUAUGUCAGUGCUGGCAACCAGCGGGUACGGUUGAAUGUGGCACCUGAGGAAGACAGAACCCUGCUCACAGGGCUAAUGCCUGGUGUGGAGUAUGUCAUGACCGUCACUGCUGAGAGGGGCCGAGCUGUCAGCUAUCCAGCUUCUGUCAGGGCCAACACAGCACCAGCCCACCAUAAUUACCAGGAUACCCGUCCCCCAGCUCCACCUCCUCGGCCCCCAGUCCAACCCCAACCCCAACCAGGUCUCCGACCAGACCUGGGCCCCUGGCUGCCUCAGCCUGUGGAGGAGGAAGAUCCAAAGCCUAGGGAGGUGCCCUUGGGGCUUCCCCCACCACGGUUCUUGAGGAACCUCACAUCAAAACUAGGCCUUUCCUGGGGUUCCGUGCAGGAUGUGGCGCGAUACCUACGGGCCUCUGGCUACCCACUCCGUGGCAACCAGACCUACACUUCAGUGGCCCGCUCCAUCUUUGCGUAUCUGCAACGCCGGGCAGGGGGACUCUCUGCACCCCCAUCAUCACUGUCCUACAAGCCCCAGUCCACUGCCAAUCUGGACCCAGACACCAGGAAACCAAACUCUGCCAAAGCUAUCCAUGGUCAUGACCCUGAAGGUGUGGCCCAAGUGGAAGGGAGGCACACACCCCUCCUACCCUCCUUACUUCCGGGCCCUUCCCCUCGCCACCCCAAACCUGAAGUGCUGGGCAGCUCAGCUGAUGGGGCCUUGCUGGUCUCUCUGGAUGGUCUCCGUGGCCAAUUUGAGCAGGUGGUGCUGCGCUGGCAGCCCCUCUCUCCUAUGGAAGGGCCCAGCGGGGAAAUUGCAGUACCAGGGGCAACACGCAUCGCCCGCUUGCCUGGCCUGAGGCCUAGUACUACCUACCAUGUGGAGGUCCAUGGGGUCCAGGAUGGGCAGGCCUCCAAGUCCUACGCCUUCAUCACCACUACAGGCCCCUUUGAAGCUACCGAUGAAUCUCUUCUCUUAGGGCUGACCCCACCGCCAACAACCCAGGGGGCUCAGGCCCCUCUCCUGAAGCACCCAGUUAAUAAGCCUGGGGCACUUUCUGUCCCACCUCGACUUGGAGAGCUGCAGGCUCUAGAUGUGUCUCCAAACUUCGUCAACCUCCACUGGACUGUUCCUGAAGGCCGGUUUGAUUCUUUCUUAGUCCAAUAUAAAGACAAGAAUGGAAAGCCCCAGAGAGUGCCAGUAGAAGGUCUCCAGCACUCUGUCAUCAUCUCCCCUCUAGAUCCUGGCCACAAGUACAAAUUCACCCUGUAUGGGUUUGAGGGCAAGAAGCGCCAUGGUCCCCUUACCACCGAAGCUAAGACAUCUUCUUUCCCUAACUCAGGAACUCUACCUCGCCUUGGAGAGUUGCGGGUAACAGACCCCACCUCUGAUUCUCUACACCUCUCUUGGAGUGUCCCUGAGGGUCAGUUUGAUUCCUUCCUGGUCCAAUAUAAGGACAGAGAUGGGCAGAUCCAGGUGGUCCCUGUGGAGGGGCCUGAGCGUUCUAUCACUAUCUCCUCACUUGAUCCUAGCCAAAGAUACAAAUUCAUCUUGUAUGGACUCACUGGCAAGAAGCGCCAUGGUCCCCUCACUGCUGAGGGAAGUACAGCUCCACUGGACACUGAGAGCCCCAAACCUCGAGUUGGGAAGUUGAUAGUGACAGAUGUGACUCAGAAUUCCCUGCGUCUCCUCUGGACUAUCCUUGAGGGAAAGUUUGACUCCUUUGUAGUCCAAUAUAAAGACAAGGAUGGACAACCCCAAGUGGUGCCUGUUGAGGCUGGCCAAAAUGAAGUUACCAUCUCUGACCUGCAGCCCUCCCGGAAGUACAAGAUGAAUCUCUAUGGACUUCUAGGCAAACAAAGGGUGGGCCCUCUUUCUGUGAUUGUUACAACAGACCCAUUUUCUGUAGAGCCUCAUCUGGGAGAGGUGACAGUAACAGAUGUGACCCCAGACUCCCUGCGCCUCUCCUGGACUACUAAGGGCGAGUUUGACUCCUUUGAGAUUCAAUAUAAGGAUAAGGAUGGGCAGCCAAAGGUGGUGUCUACAGAUGGCACUCAGAAUGAGGUUACUAUAUCUAACCUAGAACACUCACGGAAGUACAAGUUCCUUCUCUUUGGUAACAAAGAUGGCAAACACCAAGGGCCCAUUUCUGUUGAAGCAAAGACUGCCCCACAAGAUAUGAAUCACAUCCCUGUGCCCACAAUACUAGGAACUAAGGCUCCUGAGCCUACAGAGAAGCCUGAACUAGGGGAACUGACAGUGACAAGAGCCACCUCAGACUCACUGAAGCUCUCCUGGACCAUCUCCCAGGGAGAGUUUGAUUCCUUCACAAUCCAGUACAAAGACAGGUAUGAGAGACCCCAGAUCAUGCGCGUUGGGGGAGACCAGAAUGAGGUCACUGUCUCUGAGCUGGAGCCUGACCACAGAUACAAGAUGAAUCUCUAUGGUUUCCAUGAUGGACAACGUGUGGGCCCAGUCUCUGUCAUUGGAGUAACAGCCCCACAUGAGGAAGAGACUCCGGCUCCCACAGUGCCAGCUACUGAGGCCUCUGAGCCCCCAGAGAAGCCUGAACUGGGAGACCUGACAGUGAUAGGGGCCACACCAGACUCCCUAAAGCUCUCUUGGACCAUCCCCCAGGGAGAGUUUGAUUCUUUCACAAUCCAGUACAAGGACAGGGAUGGGAGACCCCAGAUGGUGCGUGUUGGGGGAGACCAGAAUGAGGUCACUGUCUCUGAGCUGGAGCCUGACCACAGAUACAAGAUAAAUCUCUAUGGUUUCCAUGAUGGACAACGUGUGGGCCCUGUCUCUGUCACUGGCAAAACUGCCUCACAUGAGGAAGAGACCCCCGCUCCCACAGUGCCAGCUACUGAGGCCCCUGAGCCCCCAGAGAAGCCUGAACUGGGAGACCUGACAGUGAUAGGGGCCACACCAGACUCCCUAAAGCUCUCUUGGACCAUCCCCCAGGGAGAGUUUGAUUCUUUCACAAUCCAGUACAAGGACAAGGAUGGGAGACCCCAGAUCGUGCGUAUUGGGGGAGACCAGAAUGAGGUCACUGUCUCUGAGCUGGAGCCUGACCACAGAUACAAGAUGAAUCUCUAUGGUUUCCAUGAUGGACAACGUGUGGGCCCAGUCUCUGUCACUGGCAAAACUGAUCAAUAUAAAGUGGUGGAAGAGAUCCCCGCUCCCACAGUGCCAGCUACUGAGGCCCCUGAGCCCCCAGAGAAGCCUGAACUGGGAGACCUGACAGUGAUAGGGGCCACACCAGACUCCCUAAAGCUCUCUUGGACCAUCCCUCAGGGAGAGUUUGAUUCUUUCACAAUCCAGUACAAGGACAGGGAUGGGAGACCCCAGAUCGUGCGCAUUGGGGGAGACCAGAAUGAGGUCACUGUCUCUGAGCUGGAGCCUGACCACAGAUACAAGAUAAAUCUCUAUGGUUUCCAUGAUGGACAACGUGUGGGCCCUGUCUCUGUCACUGGCAAAACUGCCUCACAUGAGGAAGAGACCCCGGCUCCCACAGUGCCAGCUACUGAGGCUCCUGAGCCCCCAGAGAAGCCUGAACUGGGAGACCUGACAGUGAUAGGGGCCACACCAGACUCCCUAAAGCUCUCUUGGACCAUUCCCCAGGGAGAGUUUGAUUCUUUCACAAUCCAGUACAAGGACAGGGAUGGGAGACCCCAGAUCGUACGUGUUGGGGGAGACCAGAAUGAGGUCACUGUCUCUGAGCUGGAGCCUGACCACAGAUACAAGAUAAAUCUCUAUGGUUUCCAUGAUGGACAACGUGUGGGCCCUGUCUCUGUCACUGGCAAAACUGCCUCACAUGAGGAAGAGACCCCGGCUCCCACAGUGCCAGCUACUGAGGCUCCUGAGCCCCCAGAGAAGCCUGAACUGGGAGACCUGACAGUGAUAGGGGCCACACCAGACUCCCUAAAGCUCUCUUGGACCAUUCCCCAGGGAGAGUUUGAUUCUUUCACAAUCCAGUACAAGGACAGGGAUGGGAGACCCCAGAUCGUACGUGUUGGGGGAGACCAGAAUGAGGUCACUGUCUCUGAGCUGGAGCCUGACCACAGAUACAAGAUAAAUCUCUAUGGUUUCCAUGAUGGACAACGUGUGGGCCCUGUCUCUGUCACUGGCAAAACUGCCUCACAUGAGGAAGAGACCCUCGCUCCCACAGUGCCAGCUACUGAGGCCCCUGAGCCUCCAGAGAAGCCUGAACUGGGAGACCUGACAGUGAUAGGGGCCACACCAGACUCCCUAAAGCUCUCUUGGACCAUCCCCCAGGGAGAGUUUGAUUCUUUCACAAUCCAGUACAAGGACAGGGAUGGGAGACCCCAGAUCGUGCGCAUUGGGGGAGACCAGAAUGAGGUCACUGUCUCUGAGCUGGAGCCUGACCACAGAUACAAGAUGAAUCUCUAUGGUUUCCAUGAUGGACAACGUGUGGGACCAGUCUCUGUCACUGGCAAAACUGAUCAAUAUAAAGUGGUGGAAGAGACUCCCGCUCCCACAGUGCCAGCUACUGAGGCCCCUGAGCCCCCAGAGAAGCCUGAACUGGGAGACCUGACAGUGAUAGGGGCCACACCAGACUCCCUAAAGCUCUCUUGGACCAUCCCCCAGGGAGAGUUUGAUUCUUUCACAAUCCAGUACAAGGACAAGGAUGGGAGACCCCAGAUCGUGCGCGUUGGGGGAGACCAGAAUGAGGUCACUGUCUCUGAGCUGGAGCCUGACCACAGAUACAAGAUAAAUCUCUAUGGUUUCCAUGAUGGACAACGUGUGGGCCCUGUCUCUGUCACUGGCAAAACUGCCUCACAUGAGGAAGAGACCCCCGCUCCCACAGUGCCAGCUACUGAGGCUCCUGAGCCCCCAGAGAAGCCUGAACUGGGAGACCUGACAGUGAUAGGGGCCACACCAGACUCCCUAAAGCUCUCUUGGACCAUCCCCCAGGGAGAGUUUGAUUCUUUCACAAUCCAGUACAAGGACAGGGAUGGGAGACCCCAGAUCGUGCGUAUUGGGGGAGACCAGAAUGAGGUCACUGUCUCUGAGCUGGAGCCUGACCACAGAUACAAGAUGAAUCUCUAUGGUUUCCAUGAUGGACAACGUGUGGGCCCAGUCUCUGUCACUGGCAAAACUGAUCAAUAUAAAGUGGUGGAAGAGACUCCCGCUCCCACAGUGCCAGCUACUGAGGCCCCUGAGCCCCCAGAGAAGCCUGAACUGGGAGACCUGACAGUGAUAGGGGCCACACCAGACUCCCUAAAGCUCUCUUGGACCAUCCCCCAGGGAGAGUUUGAUUCUUUCACAAUCCAGUACAAGGACAGGGAUGGGAGACCCCAGAUCGUGCGUGUUGGGGGAGACCAGAAUGAGGUCACUGUCUCUGAGCUGGAGCCUGACCACAGAUACAAGAUAAAUCUCUAUGGUUUCCAUGAUGGACAACGUGUGGGCCCUGUCUCUGUCACUGGCAAAACUGCCUCACAUGAGGAAGAGACCCCGGCUCCCACAGUGCCAGCUACUGAGGCCCCUGAGCCCCCAGAGAAGCCUGAACUGGGAGACCUGACAGUGAUAGGGGCCACACCAGACUCCCUAAAGCUCUCUUGGACCAUCCCCCAGGGAGAGUUUGAUUCUUUCACAAUCCAGUACAAGGACAGGGAUGGGAGACCCCAGAUCGUGCGUGUUGGGGGAGACCAGAAUGAGGUCACUGUCUCUGAGCUGGAGCCUGACCACAGAUACAAGAUAAAUCUCUAUGGUUUCCAUGAUGGACAACGUGUGGGCCCUGUCUCUGUCACUGGCAAAACUGCCUCACAUGAGGAAGAUACCCCGGCUCCCACAGUGCCAGCUACUGAGGCCCCUGAGCCCCCAGAGAAGCCUGAACUGGGAGACCUGACAGUGAUAGGGGCCACACCAGACUCCCUAAAGCUCUCUUGGACCAUCCCCCAGGGAGAGUUUGAUUCUUUCACAAUCCAGUACAAGGACAGGGAUGGGAGACCCCAGAUGGUGCGUGUUGGGGGAGACCAGAAUGAGGUCACUGUCUCUGAGCUGGAGCCUGACCACAGAUACAAGAUAAAUCUCUAUGGUUUCCAUGAUGGACAACGUGUGGGCCCUGUCUCUGUCACUGGCAAAACUGCCUCACAUGAGGACGAGACCCUUGCUCCCACAGUACCAGCUACUGCGGCCCUUGAGCCCCCAAAGAAGCCUGAACUGGGAGACCUGACAGUGAUAGGGGCCACACCAGACUCCCUAAAGCUCUCUUGGACCAUCCCCCAGGGAGAGUUUGAUUCUUUCACAAUCCAGUACAAGGACAGGGAUGGGAGACCCCAGAUCGUGCGUGUUGGGGGAGACCAGAAUGAGGUCACUGUCUCUGAGCUGGAGCCUGACCACAGAUACAAAAUGAAUCUCUAUGGUUUCCAUGAUGGACAUCGUGUGGGCCCUGUCUCUGUCACUGGCAAAACUGCCUCACAUGAGGAAGAUACCCCGGCUCCCACAGUGCCAGCUACUGAGGCCCCUGAGCCCCCAGAGAAGCCUGAACUGGGAGACCUGACAGUGAUAGGGGCCACACCAGACUCCCUAAAGCUCUCUUGGACCAUCCCCCAGGGAGAGUUUGAUUCUUUUACAAUCCAGUACAAGGACAGGGAUGGGAUACCCCAGAUCGUACGUGUUGGGGGAGACCAGAAUGAGGUCACUGUCUCUGAGCUGGAGCCUGACCACAGAUACAAGAUGAAUCUCUAUGGUUUCCAUGAUGGACAUCGUGUGGGCCCUGUCUCUGUCACUGGCAAAACUGCCUCACAUGAGGAAGAGACCCCCGCUCCUACAGUGCCAGCUACUGAGGCCCCUGAGCCCCCAGAGAAGCCUGAACUGGGAGACCUGACAGUGAUAGGGGCCACACCAGACUCCCUAAAGCUCUCUUGGACCAUCCCCCAGGGAGAGUUUGAUUCUUUCACAAUCCAGUACAAGGACAGGGAUGGGAGACCCCAGAUGGUGCGUGUUGGGGGAGACCAGAAUGAGGUCACUGUCUCUGAGCUGGAGCCUGACCACAGAUACAAGAUGAAUCUCUAUGGUUUCCAUGAUGGACAACGUGUGGGCCCAGUCUCUGUCACUGGCAAAACUGCUCCUCAUGAGACUGAGUCUGCAUCAAAACCCUACCUGGGAGAGCUGACUGUGACUGAUGUAAACCAGGACUCCCUCCACCUCAACUGGAAUGUCCUUCAAGGUCCCUUUGACUCCUUUGUGAUCCAGUACAAAAAUAGGGAUGGGCAGCUUCAGGUGAUUCCAGUAGCAGGUGAUCAGAAUGGGGUCACUGUCUCAGACCUGGAACCUUCUCAGAAAUACAAGUUCCUUCUCUUUGGACUUCAUAAUGGGAAACGCAGUGUCCCCCUCUCUGCAGAUGCCAAGACCCUCCCAGCAGUGAAGCCAGCUCCCCUCUUAGGGGAGAUAACAGUGACAGACCCAAGCUCAGAUUCUUUGCAUCUCUCCUGGACCAUCCUUCAAGGUCCCUUUGACUCCUUUGUGGUCCAGUACAAGGACAAGAAUGGACAGCUCCAGGUGGUGCCUGUAGGAAAAGACCAGAGAGAGAUCACUAUCUCCAGCUUAGAACCUAAUCGGAGGUACAAGUUCCUGCUCUAUGGACUCUUUGGCAAAAAACGACUUGGCCCUAUCUCUACAGAAGGUACCACAGCUCCCAAAAAGGAAGAUACCCAACUCUUACCCCACCUGGGAGAAAUGAAGGCAACAGAUGCAACUCCCAACUCUCUCCGCCUCUCUUGGACAGUAUCACAGGGUCCCUUUGACUCUUUUUUGGUUCAGUACAAGGAUAAGGAUGGGCAGCCUCAGGUAUUGCCUGUAGUUGGAAAUGAGAAUGAGGUCAUUGUAUUUGGCCUGGAGCCCAAGAGAAAGUACAUGUUCUUCCUGUAUGGUCUCUAUGAUGGAAAACGUGUUGGCCCCAUUUCUGCCCAAGGUGUGACAGAGGAAGAAACUGCAACUUCUUUGGCACCAGCUACGGAAAUCCCUGACUUGAUGGAACCCCGCCUAGGAAUAUUGAAAGUGACUGAUGUUGCCCCAAAUUCCUUGGGUCUCUCCUGGACUGUCCUACAGGAACCUUUUAACUCCUUUGUGAUCCAGUAUAAAGAUAAAGAUGGGAAAUCCCAGGCAAUGCUCGUGAGAGGAGACCAGAAAAAGAUCACUAUCUCUAAUCUGGAGGCCAACUGGAAAUAUACAUUCCUCCUAUAUGGACUCUAUGAUGGGAAGCGUCUAGGCCCCAUCUCUACAGAAGCCACUACAGGGCUGGCUCCAGCUGGGCAGUCCCCUGGGGGCCGUCUGUCCCAACUGUCUGUAUCAGAUGUGACAACAAGUUCUUUCCGGCUGAAUUGGGAGGCUCCACCUGGUGCCUUUGAUUCAUUUCUACUUCGCUAUGGGAUUCCAGAGAUAAAGCCUUCAGAGCCACUGUACCCCCCUCUGUUACAACGAGAGUUGACUGUACCUGGGAUCCGACGUUCAGCAGUUAUUCGUGAUUUAAGGCCUGGGACCCUCUAUGCUGUAACACUUUAUGGCCUUCGUGGCCCCCACAAGGCUGAUAGCCUCCAGGGCACUGCUAGAACACUCAGUCCAGUGCUAGAGAGCCCGCGAGACCUCAAGUUCAGUGAGAUCCAAGAGAACUCAGCCAGGGUCAGCUGGACUCCACCCCCGAACCAAGUGGAUGGUUUCAAAAUCUCCUACCAGCUAGCAGAAGGAGGAGAACCACAAAGUAUACAAGUGGACAGUCAUACUUGGCACCGGCAUCUAGUGGGUCUGACCCCUGGAGCCCAGUAUGAAGUGACUGUGAUAUCUGUUCGUGGCUUUGAGGAAAGCGAGCCACUCACUGGCUUCCUCAUAACCGUCCCUGAUGGCCCCACCCAUCUUCAAGCAUUGAAUGUUACUGAUGAUUCAGCCUUGCUGCACUGGAGUCCUCCUCAAGCCCCUGUGGACAGAUAUGCCCUUCGGAUCACAGCCCCAGAAGUCCCACCUGUGAUGGCUUCAGUUCCAGGAGGUGCUUUAGACUUCUCCCUGCAUAAUCUUCAAAUCCGGACAAACUACACUGUAACCCUUAGAGGUUUCCGGGGUCCUAACAUCACUUCCCCUGCCAGCAUCACCUUCACUACUGGACUGGAUGCCCCACAUGACUUGAAGGCUAAAGAGGUUACCCCCCGUUCUGCCUUACUCACCUGGACUGAACCUGAAUCCCCACCUAGUGGCUACUUGCUUAGCUAUAACACUCCUGGAGAACAGACUAAGGAGAUUCUGCUACCAGGAGGGGUCACAUCUCACCAACUGUCUGGCCUUUUCCCUUCCACUCUGUAUAAUGCUUGGAUUCAGGCCAUCCGGGGGGAAAGUCUCACAUUACCCGUGCCAACCACCUUUACCACUGGCGGAUUGAGGAUCCCAUUCCCCCGGGAUUGUGGAGAAGAGGUGCAAAAUGGGCUAAAUCACUCCCGUAAGACCACUAUCUUCCUCAAUGGAAACCGUGAGCGGCCAUUAGAAGUUUACUGUGACAUGGAGACAGAGGGAGGUGGCUGGUUGGUGUUCCAGCGCAGGAUGGAUGGACACACAGACUUCUGGAGGGACUGGGCAGAAUAUGCCCAUGGAUUUGGGAACAUCUCUGGGGAAUUUUGGCUGGGGAACGAGGCCCUACACAGCCUGACCCAAGCCGGUGAUUACUCUUUGAGAGUGGAUCUCCGGGCUGGAAAUGAGUCUGUCUUUGCUGAAUAUGACUUCUUUACUGUGGACUCAGCUGCAAAAUACUACCGCCUCCACCUAGAGGGCUACCAUGGUACUGCAGGAGACUCCAUGAGUUAUCACAGUGGCAGUAUCUUCUCUACAAGGGACAGAGACCCCAACAAUCUCCAUAUUCCUUGCGCCGUCUCCUAUCGAGGUGGUUGGUGGUACCGUAACUGCCAUUAUGUCAACCUCAAUGGACUCUACGGAAGCAUCAUUGACCAUCAGGGCGUGAGCUGGUAUGCCUGGAAGGGCUUUGAGUUCUCCAUUCCCUUCACGGAAAUGAAGUUGAGGCCAAGAAGUUAUAACCCAUCUUCCCAGAGGGCUUGAUUCCCCAUUUUCAGCCCUCUAAUCCUGACAUACAAAAGAAAGGCUCCCUGCCCCAGGGGCCUCCCAGACCAUCCAACUGCCCUUUACCAGAAAAAGCCAGGACCCUUAUUUUCAUUCUCUUCUCCUUUCCCUCAAAGAGCCAGUUAUUCUUUGGAUUUGUAGAAAAUAACUGAAGGGGAUUGAUGUAAUCCCUCUAUCCAUAUUACAUUCUACAUUUAGUAACAGUUGCUCUCCCCUUCCUCCCACAGUGAAUUGUGAUUAUUAAAAAACAAAAUGUUCUACCCUGGGACAAAGAAAAGGCCACUUACAUAAAACUUUCAAAUCUA